UUAAAACAGGAAUUAAUAUCAGUACCUAUAAGUGAGAAUAUUGACUCAGAUCAUGUUGAUAAUAGUACUUCAAAAAAUAUGCAUUUAAGCAAACAUUCUAAAAUUAAGAAUUCUGCUGAAGAACAACUUGAUGUUGAAAUUUCUAAAUACCUUUUAAAGCACCCAAUGGAUAAUUGGAUUAAAGAGUUUCAAAAGAAACUUCUUUUAAUAACUAUUGCUAAUGGAUGGUCAUUCAGAUGGAUAGAGUGUAAUGAAGUACUAGAUCUUUUGUAUCAUCUUAACUCUGCACUUCAACUCAAGCCUAGUGCUAUACCAUCCCGUCUAAUAUUAGGUGGCAUGCUUUUUAAUAAUGCUGCAAAUGAACUUCAAGACAAAACAUUAAAAAAUUUGAAAGAUGCUAAAUCUAUUAUAUUGACAUUUGAUGGCUGGAAGAAUAUUGUGAAGAAAAAUAUUCUUGGAAUUACUUGUGUAACAGAGAAUGGAGAUAAAUAUUAUGAAAUGUGGACAGGAAAUGAACCAAAAGAUCUUGCUAGUGAAAUGACAAAUUAUCAAAACAAAAUAUUUCCAUUUGAUGAUAAUCAAGUAUGUAAACAAAGCAAUAACUUAAAUAUAAAUAGUAAUAAAGUUAUUCAGGUUGAGGAAAAAAUUGUAAAUGAAUUAGAUUAUACACAAGCUAUUGAUGAAUGGUUUGUGCAAUUAGAUAAUGAAGCAUUUGAUAAAAUGUAUCAAGAGGAAGAAAUAGAUAGUUUUUAUGAUACUACAACUUUACACCCAGCUGAUGAUCCUAAAGUGAAAUAG